GUCAAAUUUAAGUAAACCAUGAGCGAUGAGUGGAGAAGAUAGGGAAGUACUACCGUGAGGUAUAUAUUAAGAUAAUGACAAAGAUUUCACCUAUCAAUUCACAAUCAGUCGUCAAAAUGAAUGUCACGGAAUCAAACUCCUUCGUCUCUAACACCACACAGUACAACGUUUGGGAAUCCGUCAUGCCUCCAGUUUUGCAGUUUGCAUGGGGAGUAGGUGGCAAUUUAAUCGCUUUGAUUGUUCUUGUAAAGACAGUCAAAUCUCAUAAAUGGAGACCCUUCUAUAGGUUUGUUGGAGGUCUGGCUCUCACGGACGGAGGAGGAAUUCUUCUGGUGUAUCCAACAGUUAUGGUUAGGUAUGCCACGGACUUUACCUAUGACUACCCUGAAACUCUUUGCAACUACAGCUCUUUUAUCUUUUCACUUUUGUUUACUUCUUCAGCUAUGAUUGUGUGUGCAAUGUCCUUUGACCGUUUUCUUGCUAUUGUUUAUCCGUUGAAAUACAACCACAUCUCUCAGAAAAGACGUCGAGCGAACAUUACGUUGAUUUCCAUAUGGCUCGUUGGAGCUUUGAUUUCAAGUCUUCAGCUUAUGGGACUCGGUGAAAGCUUUAACUACUAUCCUGGCUCCUGGUGCUUUCUGAAAUUUGUAAGUAAAUUGACAAUGAACAGGGUAAGUUCGUACAUCUUCUCUUUGUUUGGUCUAUCCAUUCUGUUGACAACGAUCUCGUUAAACUUGAUAGUGAUAGUGACCGUCUGUAGAGGAAUGAAUUCAGUCAACAAUAAACAAACUGCAAGACGAAGGAAGAAAAAUGAUUUCAUCAUCAUCAUAUUUUUGAUCAUUGUUGUAUCAGUUUUUGGCGUGACCUGGGCACCACUCAUGUUCACGAUGCUUGGCCAUGCUGGAAAAUGGAUUCAUGGGAAUGGUGCUAGGGAACUGCUGGUACUUAGAUUCGCCGUGACCAAUGCCAUGAUAGAUCCAUGGAUUUAUAUCCUUCUCAGGAAAGAAACAUUUAUUGCCAUUAAAAGACACUACAAGGGUCUUUGCAAAAACUUGUUUGGCAAAUCUAACAUCCCUACAGUAUCAUACACCUCGCAAUCUACAUCAAAUAAAUCAGGUCUAUAGACAAACGAAUCUUUAGAUUUGAGAAAAAUGUUUUGCACAUUUUAUUGAAUAACGAGAAAUAUUGUUUUAAUACUUGUAUACCUUUUAUGUAUUAGCUUUUGAGAUUUCCGUUUACUUGAAUAUUUGUUGAUUAAUUCAUGAUAUGGUUUUGUUGUUGUUCAACAUUAUUUAAUAAAUGAUUUAAAUUCUUGUUUAUG